UCUUAGUUUGGUAUUUUUCGAUCGUCAAUGCGAGGGUGAAGUCAACGCAGUCACCGACGCGCUUAUCAUUAUUAUUACCAUUAUAACAAAUGUGUAUAUUCUUUGUUGUUUCUUGAAUCCGUCAAACCGUACGGUGUAACUAACAGAUUAGAUUUCACUGGGGCAUUUUAUGUAUAUUAGUUGCUUCGUUAUUUGUUAUGGUUCAUUGUUAAUGAAGUGAGUGCGCAUAAGGUGGUGAAAUAUUUUUGAUAUAUCUUAUAAUAUAAAUCAAAAUGCCGACCAGUGCCGUAUAUCAGCCUACGACAGUUACUUAUGAGCAACAGCCUAAUGAUCAACGAUGGAAUUGUCCGAUCAGCUACUUCUCGCGGCGAGUGACAAGUAGCCUGAACCGGGCAUUGUGCAUAAGGGUCGCUUUGUGCCUCUUGGGCAGUACCUUCUUCGUAAUUGGUCUGGCGCUGCUAAUAGCUGGAGGCGUGCAGUAUUCGGAUUCGACGUCGCCCACGCAAGAUGACAACGGCUUCGGGGCUUUGAUAGCUGGUGGAGUUAUUCUCUGCCUGGGACUGCUAUUUGCAGGUAUAGGAGGAUGGGCGUGGUCAUCACGCUGGGGUGGAGGUAAGGAAGCUACGAACAACGCAGCAGCGCUGACAGCCCUAAACCCAUCGACGGAUCCCCUCGUGGCUGCACAGUACGCGCCCGUGAGAGACGCCCCGCCAGCACCCGACGAUGAGAUGCGUAACCUCAUGGAUAAUAAGGAAUGCUUGAGCAGCGCAGAAGAGAGCGACAAAAUGUUAGAUGGGAGGCCGUCUGUAGCGUAAACAUUGCGUAUCGAAUACACUCGAAUAUUUUAUUCUUUAAACGGUACAUUACUUAAUAUCUGUAAGUAAAGAGUUUAUUUUAAUACAAUCGCCUUUUUGGUAAUGCGGGAACCGGUGACGCCCGUUUUACCGCAAUGUACCUUAAAUAGCGAAACAAUGGACCAUUAUUGUAAUGGUAUUAUUUUUUAUCUGUAGUCGUACUGCAUUUUGUUGUACAAAGUAUUUACGAUCUAUGUGAUAUUUAUUUGUAUUUAUUGUUUUGUGGCAUCAAUUAAAAAAAAAAAAACAGUUUUUUUUUAUUGUCUAUCGGAUUUAUUAAAGGUAUUUGUGUUCGGCUUAGGAAUUACAGUGUUAUUAUUUGUAUGAUUAUUCUGUUGGUGUAUCACAUGAUCUUUAUUCGAUGUGGUUUUGAUAGUUUAAAGUUAUUUACAAGACAUGUGGCCAAAUUGUCGUCCAGGUUAUAUGAUAGGUGUAACAUUGUAAUGUUAGUUGUAAUGUCUAUCCGUGAGUUAACUUUCGAUUAGGCGUAUGUAUGACUUCAAAUAUAAUUCCGCUUUCGGUUAUGUAGCAAGUAUAUUUUGAAUUGUAACGAAUUAUAUAGAUAAUGUAAUAUCGUAUACAUUUUCAUGUUGUCUUUUUGAAAUAAGUGUUAUUUUGAUCUGUACUGGCAACUUUUUUUUCUUCUGUCAAACGUGUCAAAAAUAAAAAAAAUUGUAUCAAUAAUAAAAAAAAGUGUAUUUGAAACAGUAUAAAUAGAAAUAUGAACAUUUUCCUCAGCAGCUGUUAAUUACAAAUCAAAACAUAUUAUUCAUAGACAGCUGGGAGAAUCCAAUAUAAUGUUUUGUAAUUUAAUUGAUAAUAUCUCUGUAGCUAUUUUUCAUUUAACAUAGAAGUUUUAUGUUGAGACCGUCCUUAGUUUUAAGUAUAUAUGUAACAAAUGCGUUGAAAUACAAUAUUGUAUAAUUCAAAUCGCUGAUAAGUGCUGAUAUUUUAAAUUGUAAUUGAUAAGCUCAAUGAUUGCGGCAAAGGUUCGUGUGAAGCCUCUCACUACAUUGGUGUUGCGUUUAGAAACUUAGCAUUUAAUUUAUUUUAGGAUCAAUAUUUUAUUUAUUUUAAGCUCUCUUUAGUUAAAACAUUUAUAAGUAGCAUCACAACAUUAACAUUUGAAGUUCUACUUUUACAAUUCAAUUUUAUUGUAUAUAAAAUCAGUACCUAUUUAAUUAUACGAGUGAACUUCGCCUAAGUUUAUAUAUUUAUAGUAAUCAACUUUCUAAUACCACAGUCUAUGUAAUUUGUUUUGUGUUUGUGGUGCAAAUGCUGUGUUUGGUGUGGUUGAAUGAUAUUUAAGUUAUAUUUUUAGUACUUAAAGUACAUUAUAUUGAAUUAUUUACGUGUACUUAAUAUAUUCUUAAAUCUCCGUUUUAAUAAAUAUAUAACAUCUA